AUGGCGGGCAGGGCAACGUGCUUGUUCGGUGCUCAAUGCAAGGUGCAGGACGAGAAUUCACAGCUGCAUCGAUGCACAGCAUGCUCCAACAUGUUCCAUCAUGUCUGCGCGAAUGAAUGGAGCGAAGUCUGGAAUCAUUGUGGAUGCAACAAACGCCAAGUGGGGAAGGAGGUGGACCGGAUUCAAGGAGCUGUCCCCUCGAUACCUGAGGACCGGCUGGCGCAAGCAAUUGCUGGGACAAGGAAUAGCGGUGAGAGUGGAUCAAACUCUGCAAAUGCUGGCAAGAGGUCGCGAGUUGAAGAAGAAGAAAAUGACGACGACGACGACGACGACGACGACGAUGACAACGACGACGGAGAGGAAGAUGACGACGGGGAAGAGGAAGAGGAAGAUGAGGAAGUAGAUGGAGAUGAUCCGAUGAUGGAGGAGGAUCAGGAAGUUCAAGAGCUGAUGGAGCAGCUAGGUGCGGGCAAGGACGGCAACCUUUCGCAACGCUCGGAGUUAGCCUAUUUGGGUUCUGUAGGCCAAUUGAUUGCUUGGCUCUACGAGAAGAAACCGGUAUGCUUGUCUGCCGAGUUCAAGAGAUGCAUGGAGUCCGAACCAGACUAUAAAGGUCCGAUCACGAAGAAGAUCAAGGAGCUGCUGAAACGACAGGAUCUCAAUCCAUUUAACACAAGGAAGUUCUCACACAAACAAUGGUGUUCGUACAUCAAGGAUGUGAUGAAGAACACACGUUUGAAGCUCUCAUCAUUCACGUCCUUAAGAUCGGGUGUCAGAAAGGGAAGCGAAUGCAGCAAAGAGAGCAUCAUCAGCAAAGAUCCCAUUACCGUUCGCGUUGUAUGUCACGAUGGGCGAAGCUAUGCUUCCAUGCAGGAGUAUGGAUGUAAUUGUCAGCAGAACAUAUCUGAUUCUCAGCUGGAAUUUGUCUUGCAAAUCAGCCCUCACAAGUGA